CAGCCUCCUUCACAAUUCGAAAAGCUUCUGUAUUUUAUUCUGAGUCAUGUCCUUAUCUUGCUGCAAUUGUAAUCCUAAUGUAGAAGGAAAAAAAGAAGAUGGAGGUUUAGGUUCGUGUGUUUUCAAUUGGUCAAAUCUACCGGAUGAUUUAGAAGUUGAGAUCUUGUCUCGAAUCCCGGAUAAACCUCUUAUCAGGCUCAAGUGCGUUUGCAAAUCUUUGUACUUUCUGAUUUCAAAUGCAUGUGCUCCUAGAUUCUCCUCCCCUUCUCCAUCCGCCGUUUUUUACGGCUUACUCUACCUCCGGGGCGGUGAAAAUUUUCUUAAUCUACCUCCUAGUUCUGGAGUCGCUUCUAUUAAGUUUUGGCGGAAUUUGACGGCAUUGCUUGAAAGAUGUAAAGCUGAACACCCGGCAGAGCACAUUCUAGACUGUUGCAACGGGCUUUUUCUUCUAGCGUUUAGAUCUUCCAAUCCGACUCAGUAUUUCGUUAGCAACCCCACCACGUCUGAAUGUAUCAGAAUUCCUGUUAACCCCUUACACGGUGAUUUCAAGUACUCCUCGCUAGCUUUUGAUCCUGCCGUUACGCUUCACUAUAAAAUUAUUAGGUUUCCCAGAGUCACUCAAUUAUUAAAUCUGGAUGUUUAUUCAUCUGAGACUGGCGGUUGGGCUUGCCAUACUAUCGCUUUUGAGCCCGUUCUUGACCUUGGCCGAUGGGUUCAAGGUUCUGUUUACUUGAAUGGGGUUUUAUACAGGUUAUCAAUGGCCAAGUACUUGGUGUGUAUCAACCUCGGACUGAAAGAACAUACAAAAAUAAAUGUGAAAUUGAAAGCUCAGGCUUUUGAACUGCCUCAAAAGGAUGAAUUCGAUCAAUGUGGAUCUAUUGGGACAUCCAAAGGGGCUUUGCUUUACUUCAUCAAAGAUAAUUAUAGGAUACUAAUCUGGACGUUUGAUGACAGUUGUUGUUGGGUGCUCAAGCACAGCACCAACUUUCAUGGUCCCAUUUGGCACCGACCACUGGAUAAUAUUUUUGAUUUUUAUCGUGACUUCAGGAAGUUCAACUUUUAUGCUUUUCAUCCAAGCGAGGAUCAAAUUUUUCUUCGCACUUUUUGUGCCAUACUAUGUUAUAAUCACAAUACCAAGGAUUUUUAUUUCUUUGAUCUAUUGCCUCGUUAUGAUAUUGCCAUUUCCAAAGAGUACAAUGUACUCCCUUGCUCGCGCUGUGGAGUUGUUCUGAAUAGAGUCAUCAAGAGCCAUUAGAGAUCAACAAAUUCAUGCUAUUAACCUGUUGGGGACAUAAACCAUGGGGUUUUUGAUGGUGAAAUGCAACCUGACACAUUCGUUCUUGCCUACCGUGAAUCUGAGGGGUUUUAUUCAUCUGUUGCGAAACUUAUUUUUAGCGUUGAUUUCUUGUUGUUUUCUAGUGAGGACUUGGAAUUGCCUGCUGUGCAUACGGGUUUAUGUGCACCUUAUAAAUUUAUCCAAACGUUUCAACUAUCAUUUCGGUUACUCUUAACAGAACUCUAUUAUUACCUGCCUUCUUUUUUUAAUCAACUAUUGUGACUCA